AUGGAGGCUAUAAAUGAUAUACCCCAGAGGAGUUUUGGGAUUGAUUAUGACUGUGACUGUUUUGUCAAGGAUGGGAGACCUUUUCGUUACAUCUCGGGUAGCAUUCACUACUCGCGGGUUCCCCGGUAUUACUGGAAAGACCGCCUGUUGAAGAUGAAGAUGGCAGGACUUGAUGCCAUUCAAACGUAUGUGCCAUGGAACUACCAUGAACCCCAGCUGGGCGUGUAUGAUUUUUCUGGUGACAAAGAUCUAGAGUAUUUCCUGCAGCUUGCUAAUGACACUGGUUUGCUGGUUAUCCUGAGAGCUGGACCUUACAUCUGUGCAGAAUGGGACAUGGGAGGUCUUCCUGCAUGGCUGUUGGAGAAGAAAUCUAUUGUUCUCAGGUCUUCUGAUUCAGAUUACCUGGCAGCAGUAGAGAAAUGGAUGGGUGUCCUUUUGCCAAAGAUGAGGCCUCACCUCUAUCAAAAUGGAGGUCCAAUCAUCAUGGUGCAGGUAGAGAAUGAAUAUGGAAGCUACUUUGCAUGCGACUAUGACUAUCUGCGUUCCCUUCUGAAACUCUUUCGCCAGCAUCUUGGGGAUGAGGUGGUGCUGUUCACAACUGAUGGUGCAAGCCAGUUUCACUUGAGAUGUGGAGCUCUUCAGGGUCUUUACGCAACAGUGGACUUUGCCCCAGGUGGCAAUGUCACAGCAGCAUUCUUAGCGCAAAGGGGCAGUGAACCUACGGGCCCUUUGGUUAAUUCUGAGUUUUAUACUGGAUGGUUGGAUCACUGGGGGCACCGUCAUUCUGUUGUGCCCACACAAUCUAUAGCUAAAACACUUAAUGAAAUCCUGGCACGUGGUGCUAACGUUAACCUGUACAUGUUUAUAGGUGGGACUAACUUUGCCUAUUGGAAUGGUGCUAAUAUGCCAUAUAUGCCACAGCCUACUAGUUAUGACUAUGAUGCUCCACUGAGUGAAGCAGGGGAUCUGACAGAAAAAUACUUUGCCUUGAGGGAAGUCAUUGGUAUGUAUAAGCAGUUACCAGAAGGUCUUAUCCCUCCGACAACACCCAAAUGUGCAUACGGGAAGGUUCGCUUGCGGAAGGUGGGCACUGUGGUGGAGGUUCUUGACAGGCUGUCAGCUGCUGGACCAGUGAAAAGCACUUACCCGUUAACCUUUGUUGAGUUAAAGCAGUAUUUUGGGUUUGUACUGUACAGAACUGCACUUCCAAAAAACUGUACGGAGCCAACACAACUGUCUUCACCUUUAAACGGAGUCCAUGAUCGCGCCUAUGUCUCUGUUGAUGGGGUUCCUCAAGGUGUCCUUGAAAGGGACAAAUCGCUUACGAUAAAUAUAACUGGGAAGGCUGGAGCAAAUCUGGACGUCUUGGUAGAGAAUAUGGGCCGAGUCAACUUCGGUAGAUACAAUAAUGACUUUAAAGGUCUAGUUUCAAAUUUAACUCUCGAUCAAGAUGUACUUGUUGAAUGGGAAAUCUAUCCUCUAAACAUAGAUGGAGCAGUGAACCAUGACAUUCAUGGCCACCUUGAUCAACCAAAGAGAUCUGUUGGCAAUCCACUGAGUUACGAAGCACCUACUUUUUACACUGGUAGACUUUCAAUUCCUGGAGGGAUUCCCGACUUGCCUCAAGACACCUAUGUCAAGUUUCCUAGCUGGACAAAGGGACAAAUUUGGAUCAAUGGCUUUAAUCUUGGUCGCUACUGGCCGGCCCGUGGUCCGCAGUUGACCCUUUUUGUUCCAAGGAAUAUACUUGUUUCAUCAGCGCCAAACAACAUAACAGUGCUGGAGCUGGAGCGUUCUCCUUGCAGCACCCAGGCAUGCGAGAUAGAAUUUGUAGACGAACCUAAUAUCAAUGCAACCACACAGUAUGAAAAUUAUGCUCCCCAACUCUUUGUUAGAGACAUAUGGCUGAACCAUCUAUAA